AUGUCAUCGCAUGAAAUCUUCGUCAUAUGGUUAGAUCCUCACAUUGGUGUUGCUGACAAUUAUAUUCAUAUGAAAGAAGCAUUUUCAACUACAAUUGAUCCAACUAAUCCGCAUCCGAUAAAUCUAUCUGAUCGAGAUUGUAAUACACAUUGCUUAAAUAAAACAGAUUCCAAACGCCAACAUCGAUUUCAAGGUCCUUGUGAAAUACAAUUCUUUACUGACGAAGAGCUAUGUUUAGAAUGCAUAAAUAAAUGUUUCAAUACAAAUAAACAAAUAUUUUUAAUUUUACCUGAUUAUGUUAAAAAAAAUUUCUUUUUACGCAUUUACGAACAACAUCCACAAGAAUUUCAAAAGACUCAAAAUGAAAUAUCAAUAAGAUUUUAUAUAUUUAUCUGUAUGACUCGAAUCGAAGAAUGGUUAUUUGAUUAUGAAGACUAUGUUCGAAUUUAUUAUCAUGAAGCUGAUCUUUUGUAUGCAUUAACACGAGAUAUAGCAAUCUAUUAUAUGAUGAUUGGUAAACAAUUAUUUAAUGAAAAUAAACUUAAUGAUAUUCAGCAAGCACUAUUGUAUUUUCAAUGGGCUUCCACACUUAUUCUUCGUGGAAACUCGAUUUCAUCUUAUAAAGAUAUUGAACUUCAAGACUAUUUACAAACAAUGAUUUGUAAAAGUAAACAACUAAUUUAUUCUUUCGACAAUGAAAAUUAUUUACCAUAUAAUUCAAUAAAUAAAUUAAUCGAAAAUAUUUUUAUUUAUUAUUCAGUAGAAUUUAAUGAUCAAGCAUUAAAAUUAUCGACAAUAUUCAAUCAAAUAAUAAAUAAAAAUCCAUUAUUAUUCAAUAAUUUAACAGAUUUUGUUUUAAAUUUACAAUUGGAAAGGUAUAAAAAUCAACAUAACUGUCUGAUAAUAAUUUGUUCAAAGACUGAUAAUCAAACAACUAUUUUCGAAGAAUUAUCAUCAGUACCAUCAAUCGAACAUAUUUAUGCAUUAAAUAUAAGUGAAAAUGAAUUAAUUGAACAAAACAACUAUCGAACACUAUUGAAACAAUAUCCAAAAAUUCGAAAUAUCUCUGUCAAUAUGAAAACACUUGUACGCAAUUGGAUACUGGAACAUUCAGCAGAAUGUGAACAAAUUGGAGACUAUUUUCAAGAAAAUGGAAAUUCAAAAGAAGCACAUUUGUACUAUGAAAAGUCUAUAAAACUCAAUGAAUGUCUUUCUGUUUUUAUUAAAAGAAAAUAA